AUGCAUGAUAAUGAACGAGAAAUGAUUGAUAUGAAAAUAAGAGAAAAUCAUAUUAAUCAUUCAAAUGAAAAAAGAACGAAUUCUCGUUUAUGGACAAUUCGUUCAUAUUUAAUUUUAUUAUGUCUCAUAGUUUUAUCACAAUCAAUGAUAUCAUCUGGUUAUAUUGGUUCAAUAGUUUCAUCAUUAGAACGUUAUUAUGGAUUUUCUACUUCACGUUUAGGUGUUGCAUUUAGUAGUUAUGAUAUAAUGGGUGUCUUUUCAAUUCCUUUAAUAUCAUAUUUUGGUUCACAAAAUAAUCGACCGCGAAUAGUUGCAUUUGGUGCAGUAUUAUUUGCUAUCGGAAAUAUUUUGUUUAUUUUACCUUAUUUUAUAAAUGGUUAUGAAAAAGAAACAACAACGAAUUCAUCAAAUCAAACCAAUGAACAUUUCUGUCAAUUGAAUUCAACUGACGAAAGAAUUGAUACAAAUGAUCUUUGUUCAUUAUUAUCGACAGCUAAAAUUUUAUCUCAUUUAACACCAAAUUUAAUUGAUCACGAAAUAUCAAAUCCACAUGUAACACCGAAACCAGCAUGGACUUAUUAUAUUCUUAUACUAUCAAUGAUAACCAUGUCGAUUGGUUCAAGUCCAUUUUAUACAUUAGGAAUAACAUUUUUAACUGAUCAUCUCAAUAAAGAUGAUCAAGCUAUUUGUACAAGUCAAAAACAAAUUAAUUGA